UAACCAAGCUAAGCGACCCUCCGACCACAUUUCUGACCUUGAUCGAACGAAAAAAGACUUAAAAAAAACUUUACUACCGCGUUUUUUUUUAAUACCAAUUCAUCAUCGUCACCUUCAAUUCGCCCGUCGGAGAAAGAAUAAGAAACAAAGGCACGGUUGCAGGAAACUCGGGACACGGAGCCCGGGUAAGAUCUUUGUGUAAGUGGAUUUAAGUGGAGAGGGGGGAAAAUCCAGCUAAAAAAAGAGCGUGUAGUGAACGCGCACCGCGACUCCAGGUUCCAUCUUAAAAAGACGCGCAGAGAGAACCCACAUCUUUUCGGGCAGGGCGUACCGUCAUACAGCACAGUUCAAUUUUAUUCUCUCCCAAAUCUCAAAUCUCAAGUCCCUAAUCCCUUAACCCCUUCUUUAUCCAAUCCGUCCCUUUUUUUUAUUAUUCUUUUUUUUUUUAUCCUUCACCACAUUCAUUCUAUCAUUACAUUGCAAGUUCCCGCUAUUUUCAUCUAUCUUGCCAUGCAUUCUUGACUUGACCUUUUAUCAUGACAUCCUCACCCGUCAAGACCAUGGAUAGAGCGGAUCGGGCCACGGUAGAGGAGCCCACGUUGCCCCCUGCUUCUGCCUCUAUCUCGCCCAGCAAGAAGCGUCCUGCACCUUCUUUGCUCCCGCCCUUCGAGCCCCUCUCAUCUUCUCCCGGCUUUCCAAGGCCUAUGAAGAGAGUAGCUCGGGAUAAGCUCGCCGACUCGAACCCAUUCUUCAAGUAUCCUACACCAAUUCCAACCUCAAGUACUGGUAUACUCUCAUCAUCUCCUCCACGCGUGUCAUCGUCCAGACCUGGACUUGAGCGUACGGAGUCUGCGUCGGAACGAACACCCUUAUCUGCUGUACGAUCCAUCGAACUCAACGAGAAUGGCGAUACACUCCUGAUGGGUCGCUCGAGUAAUUCCUCUCACUAUCAGUUGUCGGCCAAUCGUCUCAUAUCUCGUGUCCACGUCAAGGCACGAUAUAUCCCUGCUGUAGAUCCUCUGGAGCCAAACAAGGUUGAAAUCGUCUGCAAUGGUUGGAAUGGAAUAAAACUUCAUUGUCAGGGGCGAACGUGGGAGUUGGGAAAAGGAGAUACCUUCACCUCGGAAACUGAGAAUGCCGAGAUCAUGUUGGACGUACAGGACGCGAGGGUUAUGCUGCAUUGGCCUAAGAAGAAUCGUCAUGAACCCGCAGCCUUGUCGGAUUCAUCAUGGGAGGAGUCUCCGUGUUCUAGACAUCGCCGUAAUGAUUCCGGUUCAGACUUCCUGCAGUCAAGCCCCCUUCGACGACAGACGCGUAUUAGAUCCCCUGAAUCACCUUCUCCACAUAAUUCUUCGGGCAACUUGGAUACAUUGCUACUAGCUGAUGAUGCGAGCGAGCCCGUCCAGAUAUAUGAAGACGCAAGGGCAGAUGAGCAAGAGCUUCCCAAGGAGGCAUCCGAGGUGGAUGCAUCGUUCGCUCAGACAGAAGUUACCAAUAGUUUCUCUAGUGAUCUUAGUGAUCCUGACGAUGAUGAUCCUGAUGAGGAGAACGACCCUAUUGUACAUUCCUUUGGCCCGUUCGGAGCCAACCUCUCCAACCGCCUGGCUGCCAUCACAGCAGAAUCACCAAAACGGUCGUCCCGUGUCGUAUCAGGUGACACAACAGCUAAGCCGUCAACCGAGCCGGAAGAAGAGAAGGCUACUACUGCUAGCCGUGUUGAUGUGGCAGUUGUCAAAAAUCAUGUCGUCAACCAGUUGGCCUACUCUCGACUGUCAUCCACCCCCUUGUCUACCAUACUCAGUCUCCUCCCCGCCGAAGAGAAAAGGGACUUAACUAAGGCCGAAUUGCGUGAUAUUAUUGAGUCGACGCCGUGCAUUGGCGUUAUCCCCCGCCACGGAAAGGACGCGGCCGGCCAGCCGUUAGAGAGCCAAUAUUACUAUGACCCAGAACAUGAUGAUGACGAGUCGCGACGAAUUGCCGUGACCCAAAGCUUGCGAAAACCGGGCUUGAGAGGUUGCCGGAAGCAGCAUAAGCAAUACUACUGGAAGCCGCCCAAGGCACCGUAGACGCCCAAGCAGCAGGCUGCCCCGAUAUGUACUAGGCUCAUUUAGACUUAUUCAAAACUUCCUAUCACGUUCGUAGAUGAUGUGGAAGUUGGUAUUCUCUUUCUGACUGUUUGAUAUUGGCGCUAGCAACUGCGUCAGCAUUGUUGCCCACCCCCCUAUGCAUAGCUGGAGGCGUUGGAUGGUCCAUUUAUGAUUUUUUUUUCUUUUAAAUGGGGAGUUUAGGACAUUUUGAUGAUAUCCUGCUACACCGUUUCAUAGUGGUAUAUGAGGUAGAUGCGAUUUGGAUGACGUGACGAGUCACCGACGGCACCUCGCUGGUUAAAGAAAUACGGUUGGGGGGGAAAGGUUUGAGAUUGCACUUGCACAUGCUUGCAGACGCUCAUUACCUGUGUACAUAAGGCGGCAAUGAAAAAUCGGUAAUUUUGAUUUUGCUUUGAUUGGAUCCUGGCUCACUCGUUAAGGUUCUCGACUAUGUAUGGUGGUUGAGCGAGUGGCGUUUGCUAUACUGUAAUUGUAAAAGUGUUAAUAGUUUCGGGUGAUGUAAAGUUGAACACCAGUUGAACAAAGACUUAUGACG